AUGGGAGACCUUUUUUCCUUAUUCUGGGAGGUGGAUCCUCCCCCCAUACCUUUAAGUUUUACCAUUCCGAAUCAGGAUUAUGAAUGUUGCAAGGAUGACUCUUGUGGGACAAUAGGGAGCUUCCUGCUUUGGUAUUUUAUCAUCAUAUUGGUCCUGAUGAUCUUCUCUCGGACUUCUGUCCUGAUGUCUAAGAAUAAAAAGGAUGAAGACAGUGGGGCAAGUGCUUCAGUAAGUAAAGCAAGCAAAGAUACUUCCUAUAAAUGGCAAAGCAAUGAUGAUGCCUGGGACUCUUCACAAAUGAUGAAGAAACCAAAGCAGAGCCAACUUACCCCUGUAACAGACUCAGAAGUGGCUUUGGUCAAUGCCUGUCUGGAACAAAGACGAUCUAGGUGUCAUUCUCAAUUGAACCAGGUGAAUCGGAUACAACACGACAGUGAUACUACUGAGUGUGACAGUGAAGAAUCUAACUCGGGAGCCUCCUCAUGGAAGGAGAGUGAAAGUGAACACCACCCAUUAUCAGCAAGUAUUAAGAGGAGAAAAACAGAUCAGAGGCAAAGGAAUCUGGGAAAUCAUCAUGUCAGGGAAAGGCCCUGCCUCCGCUGCAAAGCCAUGAGAACCAAUGAAUGGUUGGCACGCCAUUUCCUACAGAACAUUUCAGUAACAACCCUAACGAAGGGAGAUACUCAAGAGGAAAAUUCCAUACCUGACAUUAACACAAAAUUCAGUACAUUUUGA